CCCCAAAAAAGGCGGGGGGGUGCGCCCCAUCCUAGAUCUGCGUACCCUGAACAGACACCUGCACAAGCUGCCGUUCAGGAUGCUCACGCAGAAGCGCAUCCUGGCAUCCGUCAGAUGUCAGGAUUGGUUCAUGGCAAUCGACCUGAAGGACGCUUACUUUCAUGUCUCGAUUCUCCCUCGUCAUCGCCCGUUCCUACGGUUCGCUUUCGAGGGUCGGGCAUAUCAGUACAGAGUCCUCCCCUUCGGUCUGUCUCUGUCUCCACGAGUCUUUACGAAGAUCGUGGAGGCCGCCCUCUCUCCCCUCAGGGAGAGAGGUGUGCGGGUACUCAACUAUCUCGACGACUGGCUUAUCUUGGCUCACUCGCGAGAUCUGUUGUGUGCACACAGGGACCUGGUGCUCCGGCACCUAGAUCGAUUGGGACUACAGGUCAACCGAGAGAAGAGCAUGCUCUCCCCUGUGCAGAGCAUCCUCUAUCUUGGUAUGGAACUCAACUCUGUCACCAUGACAGCGCGACUGUCCGCAGUACGCGCCCAGUCGGUGUUGAACUGCCUGGAUCAUUUCACGCAGUCGGCGGUUCCCCUGAAACUAUUUCAGAGGCUCCUGGGACACAUGGCAUCCUCGGCGGCGGUGAUACCCCUCGGGUUGAUGCACAUGAGGCCGCUUCAACACUGGCUCCUGAGUCGAGUUCCUUGGGGAGCGUGGCACACCGGCAGCAGGCAGAUGGUGAUUACGCCUCGCUGCCGACGCACCCUAACCCCGUGGUCUUCCAUGGCCUUCCUUCGGGCAGGGGUACCCCUAGGGCAGGUUACGAGGCAUGUCGUGGUGACAACAGACGCCUCCCUGCAGGGUUGGGGUGCAGUGUGCAACGGGCACGCAGUGUCGGGGCUUUGGACGGGCCCCCGCCUGCGCUGGCAUAUCAAUUGCCUAGAGUUGUGGGCUGUGCUACUUGCAUUGAAGAGGCUGCAGCCUCUCGUGCAGGGCAAGCACGUGCUGGUCCGGUCGGACAGCACUACUGCAGUAGCGUAUAUCAAUCGUCAGGGUGGCGUUCGCUCACUGCAGUUAACACGACUUGCCCGACGCCUCCUCCGGUGGAGUCAGCAGGUGAUCCGCUCCCUGCGUGCCACGUAUAUCCCAGGCGACCUGAACCAGACAGCCGACGCGCUCUCUCGUCAGUCUACGCCUCGCGGAGAGUGGCGACUCCACCCCCGCGCAGUCCAGCUCAUUUGGGUGCAGUUCGGGCAGGCCCAGGUGGACCUGUUUGCCUCCCUCGAAACCACCCAUUGCCCGCUUUGGUACUCUCUGACCGAGGGACCCCUCGGCACGGAUGCCCUAGCGCACAGCUGGCCGCGGGACAAGCGGAAGUACGCCUUCCCCCCAGUGAGCCUCAUUGCACAGACCCUGUGCAAGGUCAGGGAAGAGGAGCAUCAAGUGUUACUCGUUGCGCCACACUGGCCCAACCGGACUUGGUUCUCGGAGCUAAUGCUCUUGACGACAGCUCCCCCCUGGCCGAUUCCCCUGACGAAGGACCUGCUUUCCCAGGGGAAGGGCACGUUAUGGCAUCCCAGGCCAGACCUCUGGAACCUCCAUGUCUGGCCCCUGGACGGGACGAGGAGAUCCUGAGUGGUCUGCCCCCGGCGGUGGUAGCUACCAUUUCUCAGGCUAGGGCACCUGCCACUAGGCGACUGUACGCCUACAAGUGGCGCCUCUUCUCGACCUGGUGUGCUUCUCGAGGAGAAGACCCACGGAGUUGUGCGAUCGGGUCCGUGCUGUCCUUCCUACAAGAGAGACUCGAGACUAACCUCUCCCCCUCCACACUGAAAGUGUAUGUAGCCGCCAUUGCUGCUCAUCACAACUCAGUUGCUGGAAAGUCUCUAGGGCAGCACGACCUGGUCAUUAGAUUCCUAAGGGGUGCGAGGAGGCGUAACCCGCCUCGUCCGCACUCCAUACCCUCUUGGGACCUGGAUGUAGCCCUGACAGGUCUCACCAGGCCCCCCUUCGAGCCCCUAGGGGAUGCCUCUCUUCCUCAUCUUACGAUGAAGACGGUUCUCCUUUUGGCGCUCGCCUCCAUCAAGAGGGUAGGGGAUCUACAGGCUUUCUCCGUGUCCCCUGACUGCCUAGAAUUCGGACCCAGGGAUUCUCACGUUAUCCUGAGACCUCGGCCCGGCUACGUGCCCAAGGUUCCCACCGCUCCCUUUCGGGACCAGGUGGUGAACUUACAGGCGCUCCCCACUGGGGAGGAAGACCCAACCCCGUCCGUGUUGUGUCCAGUACGCGCGCUGCGCCUCUACUUAGACCGCACACAGAGUUUCAGGAGCUCGGAUCAGCUCUUUGUCUGUUUCGGAGGUCAGCAACAGGGGAGAGCUGUCUCCAAGCAGAGGUUGGCCCACUGGAUUGUGGACGCUGUCAAGGCAGCUUACCAAUCCCUAAAUCGCCCGUGCCCCCUAGGAGUGAGGGCCCACUCCACCCGGGGUGUUGCCUCCUCUUGGGCCUUGGCACGGGGGGCCUCUCUCGCAGACAUUUGCAGAGCUGCGGGUUGGGCUACACCCAACACCUUCGCGAGGUUUUACAACCUCCGCGUAGAGCCGGUGUCAGCCCGCGUCCUGCAUGGCCACAUGUAGGACCGGCAACUGGUAGGGUGUACGCCUGUUCGGUUUUUUUCCCCCUCUCUCGAGUGGGUCAGUAUACCGAUUUAGCCUCCAUUCUUUCCCCACUGGGCGAAGAACAGGCACUCCAUCCAUCACUAAGCAAGCACCCCCUGGGGCGGGCUGGGCAGAGCAGCCCUGCCCCUUAGGCCGGGUAUCACCUGAGUUAUUCGCAGCAUAGCUCUAACCGGACCUAGUGCUACCAGACGUUGCAACUCCCCAGUAGGGCGGUUCCGUCUGAUGUAUCCUCAUGCUGGUUCCCACCUUGGUAACCCAUGACCUCCCCGGGUGGACCUCCACCUCGCGGUUUUCUCUUCAGCCGCACUUUCUUCCCAUGAGUUCUUCCCCAUCGGUGAGACCAUGUUGGUAUCUCCACUAUUCUCCUCCCUGCGGUAGGAAGUGGUCUCUGUAGCGCAUCCCCCACUUGAGGAAGUAGCGCUUACCCAGUGCCUUACGGUUCCGGGCGGCUUCUCGCUGUUAGAGAAACAAGGCCGCCGCCUGUGAGGCCGAAGGUAGGGGCCUUCCCACCUUUCAAGAAAGCUCUGGGACCCCCUACCUACCCACUGGUAGGUUACAAUUUCGCGGUAGCGUUCACGGCUGACACGCCCAGGCCAGUCACCGUCGCUUCGUUGAGAUUGUGACAGGGCACAGUGUUAUGGCGUUUUCCAUUGGAACCCCAUCUGUCGGUUCGACACAACGUCGAGAGACCGACAGAAAGGGAACGUCUCGACUAUUUAGCCAUUUAAAAAUUAUUUAUAUGUACUUUUUCAAUAGAGGUAGAACAUUUCAACUCGGACAUGCCAUCUGGAACUACAUAACCGUUGAUGUGCUGAGCAAACAUAUUGUAUUUUAAUGACAAGUUGUUGAAGUUUCCAAGGCAAAAUUUGGGAUCUGCAUGGUAAUGAAUAAGGUAAAAUAAAUAAAUAAAAUGAUAUGGUUCUAUGACUUCCAGAUUUCAACAAAUAAAUUACAUUUACGGUCAUGUGGUCUAUUUUAAACGAUAACGAUAUCAGUAUAACCAACAAAAUCACUUUUCUUGUGCAACAUGUACAAAUCUAGGCGAAACUGUGCAAUAUAAACUGUUACUGACUGCCGACAAACUGUGAACUUUCAUUAUAUGAUUGGUUGAGGGUGCCUCAAGUGAUCCACGUUAGCUGUUACGCUUUCUCCUAUGGUAAGUAGGUUCCCUUCCAUCUCCUUAUAUAAAGGUGUUAGGUUUAAGUUCCCCACAAAAAUAAAUAUAGCCUAUUGCAAGGCCAUGGAGAGAAGGGGGCCGACAUUCUUUGUCUGUUAGGUUAUAAAUGGACCCAAGACAUACUUGCUUGCAAAUACUUUCUAUACCUUAUUUGGUUAUAACAAAUGUCUCGUUAUACCCUAUAUAAAGACGGGACUUCCCAAAAGUAAAUUAGCUCAAAGCUUGAUGCUACCUCUCUGCAUCAUUGUCUAUGUGCUAUCAGAUCUGCAGAAGAAUUAUCUCACAACAUCCAACCUAUUAUGAUUGGAUUUUUUAGGGUGAUCCAAAAUACAGAAAACUUAGAAAAUGGCUUGUACACACCUGGACGAUAAACGCAUACGUUUAUCACCGACGUUUAACGCCUCGUGACUAAACAAAGGGCGCCAAUGUGAGUGUGCACACCGACGCGCAUAAACGGAGGGUGUAAAAGGACCAUUUAAAAAAAACAUAUUAGGCUAUUUUUUGGGGGGGGGGUUGACGCGUCGCGUUAAAACUGGCCGACCAAUGAGAUUGGCACUUUUAUUCACGUGCCUGGAGCUUUAUUUUGCCCUUUCCUUUUUGAUUGGUUUGUUGUAAGUUGGGCCUGGAGGCGAAGGCUAAAAACGACUGGCCAUUGGACAAUCAGUAUAGUCCUACCACUUUUUUGUUGCUUAGGUCAUGUGGUGAAGAGUUGUUGUUGAGAGGGGGAGAGGAGCUUAAAGAUCGGGUAACACACGCAGUUUCUGCCAAUCUCAUAUUAAUCUUGAGUGCAUAUACAGUAGUAUUGCAUACGUCGUAUCUUCGAAGAGUAUUUAGUUUGAUCACAUUUAUAAAAGAGAGAUACAGCUGUAGGAUUAUUUCCGGAAAAACACAAGAUGCUAGUGAUGGGACUAGUGGGAGAGUUGGAUGGAACUACAGCACGAGCAAGCAUCACAUCAUCACUUUAAGCUCUUUGUGUUUUAUACAUUAUGCAUGUACACACCGAUUGUCAAAACACAGACGUAUGACUUAGUUUGACUUACGGGGUGAAGUUCAUGUCUGGCAUCUUUUAGCACUGGGACCACGCCAUCUAUCAGUUUCAAACGAUCUCCAAAUCCAGCGUUAUAUCCACCAUUUACAUAUCAUCCAUGAUUAAAAUGCUAUGAACAAACAGACACACCUAAACUUCACUAUCGCAAGAGUAACGAGCUGCAGUGCAGCCCAUCUUGACGCAGCGUAGAUAACCUUGAUGGUUAGGGUCUCGCUCGUCGGUUGGCUCGUGGGCGGGCUCUUUCGCCUUGCCAUGCUUUUGUCUAAUAAAAUGAAUAGGGUCACAGGGAUCCAGAAUUAGAAAAAACUGUCCAAAACAAGUUGUAUCAAGUAUGGAAAUACUAUGUCAUACUUUGUACAUGCAACUCAUUUUUUAACAAGUUGAGCAUGUUGAGCAUGUGAAGCCAGCAUGUUUAACAGUGUAAAGAAGUCAGAAUGCAUGAAAUAGCAUGAUGACUCCGCUUUAAUGUUUUUGAUUAAAGAUUACAAGUGCAAAUGAAUAAAAAAAACAAUGGUGUGCAUGGAUAAAUAAUUCAUAAUAAUCACUGUAACACUGCGUAAAACACUUAGACUUUUCCCGUUUGAUUUCAUGCUGACUUUAAGCAUGUAAAUGGUUAAUUAUUUAAAGUCGGGAAUUUUCCCGUCUUAUUAGAUGGUGUGAGUUACGUUCAUUUUCAUUACAGUAGCGUUCAUAUCAGACCAGCACACUAACGAGACACCUCAACAUAUGACAAAUGUUCCUAUUCUGAAAUCUAAAUACUGAUAAAUACAGGCUGUAUAUGUUCUUUUAGUCAUGAAGCUUUAUUUCUAAACAUUAACACAUGUGCCAUUAUAACAGUGUGCAAUACACACUCACCGUCUAUACAUUGAUUUCUAUGCGUCGCUAUUCUGCCCAAAAUAAACAUAAACAUUGAAAAAGACAUCAUACGUAACAAUUAAUUUAAACACACAUGUGAACUAAAAAAGUUUCGCGCGAUAAUAAGCUGAAAAACGGGUUAUUUUAGAUCGUCAUUUUGACUGUAAGUCAAUGGCGCUCUCUGCCAGUUGGGUAUACCAAGAUGGCGGCGCGAUCGCUUCCGGUGGCUUCACCUCCUGCCAUUGGUUUGGCGUUCUAGGCGCAAUCGUGGACUCAGCAAAAGACCCGCCCAGAGCCAUUGAGAGAGAGAGUCGCAUCGACUCCGUUGACUCCAGCGGAACAGUUUUUUCACAGCAAUGGAGGCUCUCAAUAGUUCCCGGAAGUUACUAGUAACGCAUGGAGCUGCAACUAAACAGACCAACUGAGGAAAUUGUCUAACACAUUUAAAGACGAAAGCCAUUUAAUGAAUAAAAAAGGAAAGAAAUAAAGCAUUUAAAGAGAAAACAUAACUUCCUGGAACUAUCUGAAGGCUCAAUGAAUCACGUGACGCUCCAGCGUUUUGCACUUCCGUUGGCAGAACUCUCUCUCUCAAUGGCUCUGGACCCGCCCUACAUCACCAAUGUGCAUGACGUCGUUUAUGCCUAUCUACGGAAGUGUCUAUCUUAAAAGAACAGAGUUGAUUAAGAGAAUUUAGAAGAUCUAAAUAUUAUUAAUAUGAAAAUGUUUUAGCAUUUUUAAUUAUAUUUUUGCGAAGGGCAAACGCUGGUUCACACUCCAACACAGUAGGUGGCGACAAUGCGCCUUUACGUUGGUGCUAACCGCCAUAAAACCGAAAAAAGAAGAAGAAGCGGAAGUUAAAAUCUACGAAGAAUUAUUUAAUUUCUUAAAAGAUACUAAUUUGAUUAACAGAAUUUAUGCUCUCUUCCUAAUUUAUUGAGGUUUUUUGUUAUGUCACCUAUCAUGUAGUGCGCCACACUCCAGUCCAGUAGGUGACGGGAAUGCGCCCUUUAAGUUUGGUUUGCCAACCCAACCGCCAUUAAAAAUCAUCUGAAGAAGAAGCGGAAGUGUCCGUGAUUAUUUUAGUUGUUUAAAUAUAGUGUUUUUUCUUAAAUUCAGAUACUUAUUUGUAGUAUUUAUUAAAAGUGUUACGGCACCAUGGGGGUCAGUUACUUCAGCAUCUGUCUGUUUGCACUGCUCAUAAACAGAGUGUCCCUGCAAGUUGUGGGUUUUAUUGGAGAUGAUGUUGUCUUGCCAUGUAAUUCCAGUGAUAUUGACCACAAACAUUCUGACAUUACUGUUUACUGGAGACAUAACGGCAGCCUGAAUGUGUACGACAUCAUUAAUGGCAAGAGUUCAGUACAAGACCAGAGCCCUAGAUACAAUAACAGAGCUAAAAUUCUCUCUGAGAAUUAUGAGAAAGGAAACUUCAACAUCACACUCAGCAGUCUCUCACACACUGAUGCUGGAGAAUACCAAUGCUUCGUCACACAUUCCAAUGAACUUCUGAAAGUACAGCUGCUCAUUAAAGAAUCAACAGAAGAUAAAAGAGCGAACGAACAGGCGAAAGAAAGGCUUUUGUGGAUGAGAAUAUUAAUUCCAACUUUUUUUGUUUUGGUGAUAUGUUUUUCUGUUAUCUGUAUUGCGUUUAGAUGGAAGAAAAAGAAAAAUGAAAAAAACUGUUGUGUGUUGUCUGCUCCUGAAGACUUCAGGCUUCAGACCAACAUAUUAGAGCAGUAGCUGGUACAAUCAAAUCUACAGAUUAUUGCUUGGGCACACCAUUUUUAUUUUUUUAAUAAUGUCCUUUUAGGAGAUGUGAUGUGUAGUGAUCUUUAAAGACAUCAUCUCUGUGCAUUCCUGGGAUUCUCUGGCUGUGCAUAAAAAAUAUUUUAUUUUAGUGUUUCCCACACGUGAAAAAAGUGCUUCAUUUAACAAAAACGAUUUUGUUACCGUCAGUAUAAUCCAGGCUAAAGUCAAGGAACAUUUGAUUUCAACAAUUUAUUUCACUAUGAUUUUAAUCUUUGACAUGACAUUACUCAGUCAAUAUUAAACAUAUCAAGGUUAUAUGUUCUUUACAUUAUGUAGAAUGAUUUUUUGUUGAAAACAAUAAAUCACAAAAAAUGACAAGCUGGGUUUUUACAGACGGGUCACGUGUUUGUCCCCAUUUGGGGAUCUGCGACGGUAUUUUUUUUAUCUGUUAGGUGUGUUUUAUUAGGGUUGGAGUCAAAAUCUGCCAUACAUUUUUCCUUUAAAAGCAUGAUUGGACACCCCUGAUGUUAAUGAUAUCAAACAUACAUGCACAUACUGUUUUUUGCAAUCUCCAUAGCAGGGAAUUAGGCUUGGGCUAGUAAUGUUGAAAAUACUUUUAUGUCUACUUAGACUGGAUACAUUUCUGUUUUGGUGUUGCAUUUCAACACUAUCAAUUUGUUACAUACAACAGCACAUUUAGUCAACUAUUUAAGCUAAUAACCAUAUUCAGCUAUUGAUCUACAUUUUAGAGUUAUGCUAAUGAAUACAGUCUUGUUAGAUACUGUACAUAUAUUCGUAUGUCAUACCAUACGUAUGUAUAUCAUUUACGUGGUGUAAAAGUGCCGCAGGUGCAUUGAGGCGGCAACAGAAAAUAUUUUUGUUGUCAAUUCAUUGUUUUUGUUUCUGACUUGAAUGUGUGUCAUCUAAUAGUGACUGCCCAAUUAAGAUGUAAACCUUAAAUGUAAAUUAUGAAAUAUGGCACCUUACUUCUAUACUGCUCCUCUAGAACUACCUGGUAGAGUUAACAAACACUGGGCCCCAGUAGCCAUGAUAACAUAAAUUACCUAUAACCUUGCUUACACAUUAGGAACCCUGUAAACUAUAGUUAACUACAGAGUUAAAUACUGUUCCUACUUGCAUGUUUGCUUUAAAACUACAAUGUUUAAUGCUUUUGGAUAGAAGUGUGUACUGCUAAAUCAAUAAAAGUAAAUGUAAAAGUGUCAUUUAAACUUUCUAUUACUUAUUUUUAUUGAACACUUAAAACAUAACCUUUAUUGUUUAUAGUAUUUUUAUCAUUAAUAAAUUCAUGAUAAAACAGCUAAGAUUAACUUUACAGUCUCACUUUGCGUUUGCUCCGCCCAUAGCACAUUGGUAUAUAGCAUAGUAGUCUUCUUUUAUCUCAGGGAUUAUAUCUUUAGUGGAGUAACAACACUUGUAUACUUCAUAAAAUAACAUUUACAAUUAUGUCUCUAAUUGUAUAUGCAGUAAUAUUUGAUGAAUUUAAAAUAGGUUAAACACACAAUAAUGUUAACAUUUUGAUUGGAAUCAUUGCAAAUUACAGUAUGGUUUCUUGUGCCUUGUUGUUUGUUGAACAGAAAAUGCUUUAGUACAGCAGAAGUAAAUUAUGUCCCUUAUUCACUGCUGUAAACUUUGUUGCUGUCAUGUUUUUGUUCUUACUUUUACUGUCCGAGUUUUUUAACUGUUCUUGUUUUGUAACCACUACCUGCUUUGAAUGUACAGUGUUAUUUUAAAUCAUUUUAUGUAAUUGUUUUGCAAGGCUGUAAUAUUUUACCUGUCAUUUAGUUCUAUUUCAAUUGCUCUUCUGAAUAAAGGUUUGCAGUUUUACCUUG